UCAGGUCUGAACCUAUUGUAUCUCUUCAUGGUUCCUUUAACCAAAAGAGCUGUGUUGUUCCAACAUUUUCUUGAGUUUUUACCAGUCUUAUGCUGUAAAAAAUUUUCCUCAUUAAUGUUCUUGUGCCUUUUUGUCUCAUCUGUUUUCAUGUUUUUUAAGCUGGUUGCAGUAUCAGCUUGAAGCUUUUUUUAGCGCCUGAUCUGCCACAGUGGUACACAUAAAAUCUGAAUAUCCAUGCAUUUACAUGUCCUAUAGUAUCUCAAAUUUUAAUGAUCUCAUCAGUCAUAUUUUAGUCUUCACAGGUGCUAGUCAGUUAUAAUUGUCUUUAGCCGUGUUCUUGCCUCGAUGUUUAAUGUGAAACUCGUGACAAUAACUAUUGUUUUUUUGGUUGUGUUCGUUGUCAUUUGGCACCAUGGAAUACUGUCGUCGUACUUUGUCUCUUCCUUAUCGUGCAAGUUCUCUCUUAUAUGUACGCACAUGUUGAGGUUUUAUGUUGAUUGGAUUUUUGCCAAAAUCACAUUUCAGUUGAAAGCAUUACAUACUUAUCCGCUGUAUGUCGCUGGAGAGUGAGUUUUCUAUUUUAGUCCCCAUACCACAGACCUUGUCCUUUCGUUCAGUAAGUAACGAUGGAGCCAAACACGAGUUGCUUGAAACAGCUCCAACUUUUGCGUUACAAGUUGGAUAGGGUAAAACCAUUCAGUCUUGUUGUUUUGUCGUGGUAAGUCUCAUUUUGCAAGAGACAAAACGACAGGGAAAAAGUAACGCGCAAAUGCAGAGGCAGCUCAGCACUUCUUUUCACGGGGGAUCGGAGGAAGACCGACAGCUAGUGAUUCUCUUGCCGAGGCAUCCACUUGGACAUCGUAUGAUUCAUCCAGGAAGAGGAGAACGAGCCAAUUAUGUCAACACCCCGCACGUUAUUGCAAUGUGUGGUCUUCCAGCUAGAGGUAAAACUUAUAUUGCCAAGAAGCUUUCGAGGUACCUUAACUGGAUUGGGAUCAAUACUAAAGUUUUCAAUUUAGGAGAGUACCGUCGAAUGGCAACACCGUUGAAGAGCCACCACUUUUUCAAACAGGAAAACGUAGAGGCCAUGUCGGUAAGAGCGCAAUGCGCUCUGGAUGCGCUGGAAGACGUUUGCAAAUGGCUCGAGGCUGGUGGUGAAGUCGGGGUUUUCGAUGCAACUAAUACGACUUUUGAACGUCGACAGCUGAUUCGCGAAAUUAUCGUCGACAAGAUGGGUUAUAAACUCUUUUUUGUUGAAUCUGUCUGUGAUGAUCCGUCCAUUAUUGAAUCUAAUAUCCGUCAAGUGAAGAUCACCAGUCCCGACUAUGCUAAUAUGGACAAGGAAGCUGCCGUGGAAGAUUUUUUACAGCGUAUUGAUCACUACCAUGAUCAGUACCAAACUCUCGACGAAGUAGAAGAGGAUUGCCUUAGUUUUAUGAAAAUAUUUAAUACAGGCGAGAAAGUCUUGGUCCACAAGCACGAAGGCCACAUCCAGUCGCGCAUCGUCUAUUACCUGAUGAACAUUCAUAUCACGCCGAGGACAAUUUAUCUGACUCGACAUGGAGAGAGCGCGAACAACCUUCGUGGCCACAUCGGAGGCGAUUCAGAUUUGUCGCCACGCGGCCGCCAGUAUGCUGCCGAAUUAGGUCGUUUCAUCGAAAACCAGAAAAUCCCGCAUUUGCGCGUUUGGACGUCGUGGAUGAAGCGGACUAUCCAAACAGCCCGUGAUAUUGACGCACCACAAGAAAGAUGGCGAGCACUCAAUGAAAUUGAUGCAGGGAUUUGCGAAGAGUUGACUUACGAAGAAAUUCUACAAAAAUACCCUGAAGAUUUUAAAGCCCGUGAUACUGACAAGUUUCAUUAUCGAUAUCCUAGAGGAGAAUCCUAUGAAGACCUCGUAGCUAGGCUAGAACCUGUGAUUAUGGAAUUGGAACGCCAAGAGAAUGUCAUUGUCGUUGGGCACCAGGCUGUGAUUCGUUGUCUGCUGGCCUACUUUUUGGAUAAGAGUGCUGAUGAACUUCCUUAUAUUCAUGUUCCUCUUCACACCGUCAUCAAGCUCACUCCAGUUGCGUAUGGUUGCAAAGUGGAAAUGAUUCCGAUUGGCAUUGAAGCAGUUGAUACGCAUCGGCCAAAGCCAGAGGUACCCGGGCACCUAGAGGAAAAGUUUCGCCGUCCAAACGUCAUUCAAGCUGCUGACGCAAUCGCCCAAAGAAGCACUGACUAAUGCAAAAGCCCUUAGGCGUAUUUUCAAAGAAAACUAGGCCAAUUUUCCAUUUUAAAAACAACAAAAUAUUAUAGGAGACAGAUCUGUUCAUUGAUCUGUGCAACGAGAGUGGGUUUUCCAUUCAUCGCUUUCUCUUCUCGCUAAAUGAUAUAGAUCUUUCUAUUCUAAAAGUAUAGUAUCUCACACUGUGUGUGGGGACUAGUUGUGACAACUUGUUGUAAUUUGUCUUAAAUUCUUCAAACCUUGCGGAUAUAUAUUUAUAUUUUUCGCUUUCAAAAAUGAACUGGAAGUUACUUAACGAGUCUCUGAUGAAUUAAUUCUUUGCAAAGCCCUUCACUAUAAAAAAAUAUAUAUUCCUCUGAAGUCCCUAAUGAGCUACAGGGAAGUACUGUACCAAGCGAAGCUUUGAGAAAUCGGGACGAAUUUGUAACGACCACUGUUGUCUUCGAGUUUUUCAUCUCUUUUUGCUGCUCUUACUCAGAUCACUGUCUUCUUGAGAAAACAUGAUAAAUCCAAUGUGAACUUUA